CGGCCGAGCCUUUGGAUGUCCAAAUCCGGAUACGUACCCAACCCGUCAAGCUGUACCGGGUCUGCAUCUUUCAUGGCCUCCUGCAUCCACGCAGUCUGAUUCCUCUCUGCGUGGUCUCGCCAUGGCCACGUUCGCCCGCUCUUCCACUUCUCAUCAGCGUCUUGCCAUCUCCUGAUCCCCGGCGAUCCAAGAACAACUCCCACUUCAUGAACCGCGCCGCUGACGCGCGAAAUGGUAAACCCCCCCAGACUCAAGUCUCUUCAUUCUCUGAUUCAUCGCCGCCCGACAAAUAAUAGUAACCUUCACUCGUCCUGCACGGGCGCUCUUCAUUUUUCUUCGAAACCCGAUGUUUCUGAACUGGUUCAGCUUCAAAGCAAUCCAGAACACAGUAAAAACUCUCAAUCGCACUUGGUCUUUAAGGUCUGUGAAAUUUUAUCAAAUCGGCGGAUUCAGUGGAAACAGAGCGCGGAGCUGAACUCUUUGAGCCCUAAUCUAAGACCCCACCACGUCGCAAGGGUCAUUGAAAUCCAUAACGACACUGACAUAGCUGUGCAGUUCUUCUAUUGGGUCUCUAAGAGGCAUUUUUACAAACACGAUAUCACCUGUUAUGUGUCGAUGCUAAAUAGGCUACUGCGGGAUAAGAAGUUUGAACCAGCUGAUCAUGUCAAGAUUUUGAUGAUAAAGGAUUGCAGAAACAUGGAAGAAAUGAAUAGGGUCGUUGAGUAUUUGAACGAGAUAAGGGAAAAUGGUCUAGGACACGGUCUUUAUAGUUAUAACACUCUUUUGAUUCAGUUGGGCAAAUUUGACAUGUUUGUGUCUGCUCAAAGAUUUUAUAGGGAAAUGCUAAACAAUGGCAUCCAACCAAAUUUGCUAACUUUCAACACAAUGAUAAAUAUAUUGUGUAAGCAAGGGAAGGUGAAGGAGGCUUAUUUGAUUUUGAGUCAAGUGUACGGGCAUGGGAUGCUUCCAGAUGUCUUCACAUACACAUCCCUCGUGCUUGGGCACUGCAGAAACAUGAACAUAGAUUCAGCCUUUCUGGUUUUUCAACAGAUGCUAAAUGAGAAUAUUCAUCCAAAUGCAGUAACCUACUCAACUCUCAUAAAUGGGCUUUGCAGCCAUGGGAGAGUUGAUGAAGCUUUAGAUAUGAUGAAGGAGAUGACCGAGAAAGGGAUUGAGCCGACUGUGUAUACUUACACACUCCCAAUCACUUCAUUGUGUGGGACUGGACGUGUUGAUAAGGCUAUCGAUCUUGUGAUGACCAUGAGAAAGAGAGGCUGCAAACCGAACGUUCAAACAUACACUGCCCUCAUCAGUGGGAUUUCAUGUUCUGGCCGUCUUAAGGUGGUGAUUGGUUUGUUCAACAAGAUGUUCAGAGAGGGCGUGAUUCCAACCAUAGUAACAUGCAACGUGCUGAUCAAUGAAUUUUGUGGUGGGAGAUUCAUAGACAGGGCCCGUGGUUUUCUUCAAUGGAUGAAGGCUCAUGGUUACCCACCAAACUCUGAAACCUACAAUGCCCUCAUUCACGGGUUUUGCUCAAUGGGAAACAUAGAGUGGGGAAUGAUUCUUUUGAAUGAAAUGCUAAAGUCAGGCCCCACACCGACAGUCAUCACGUACAAUACACUCAUCAAAGGGUACCUUGAAGGUGGUUUAUUGGAGAACGCUGUUAGACUGUUGCAUUUGAUGAAGAGUUGUGGACUUAAACCAGAUGAGUGGACAUACGCAGAACUUGUCUUUGGUUUCUGCAAAAGAGGGAAGCUUGAUUCGGCCAUAGCUUUCUUUGAAGAAAUGAUCACACAAGGUUUGUGUCCAAAUAAGAUAAAUUACACAACAUUAAUAUAUGGUCUUGCCACAGCAGAAAAAGUGGAUGAUGCAAUUUCUUUAUUUAAACGAAUGGAGAAAGAGGGGUGCAGUCCGGGAAUUGAGACUUAUAAUACUAUUAUAAAUGGUUUAUCUAAAUCUAACCGACUUUCCGAAGCAGAGAUAAUGUGCAAUAAGUUAGCUGAGAGUGGUCUGGUCCCUAGUGUCAUUACUUACACAACAUUGAUUGAUGGGCUGUGUAAGAACGGUGAUACACUAAAUGCAUUUAAGAUAUUCAGAGAAAUGGAAAAUAGGAAUUGCCCGCCGAACUUGUUUACUUAUAGUUCGCUCAUCCACGGUUUAUGCCUCAAAGGGAAGGCAUACGAAGCAGAGAUUCUACUCAAAGAAAUGGAGAUGAAGGGAUUGGUUCCUGAUCAUGUAACUUAUACCUCUUUAAUUGAUGGAUUUGUAGCUUUGGGUGGGUUAGAUCAUGCAUUCUUACUUUUCUCCAAGAUGAUUCAUAGUGGGUGCCAACCAAAUUAUAGAACCUAUAAUGUGCUUUUGAAGGGUUUGCAGAAUAGAAAGGAUUGUUAUAGUUUUGAUGUUUUGUGUAGUUUAUUGGACAGAAUGUCAGAAAGCAGAUGUGAACCCAGUUUAGAUACAUACUCUACCCUAGUGGUUGGGCUUUGUAAAGAAUGUAAAAUUGAUGAGGCUGAGAAGUUGGUUACGCAUAUGAAGGGAAAAGGCUUAUGUCCAGAUGAUGCAAUGGAAAGCUCACUUUUGUGUGCCUAUUGCAAGGGAUUGGAUGUGAGGCCCGCUCUUGAAAUUUUCCGUUCUCUGACUUCGAAAGGUGUUAUACUUUCCUUAAAUAUUUGCCGGCUACUCAUUUCAGCUCUCUGUAAAGCAAAGUGGCUGAAAGAAGCAGAGGAUGUGUUUAGGAGCAUUCUUGAGCAAAAAAGGAACUGUGAUGAGAUUGUUUGGACCGUUCUGGUCGAUGGUUUGCUGAAGGAAGGGGAAUCAGAAAUGUGUAUGAAGCUUCUACACAUUAUGGAAUCCAAGAAUUGCUCUCUUAAUGUGCAGACAUAUCUUAUACUGGGAAGAGAGUUGUCCCAAACAGAUACAUGUAUUGAUACUCAGGAAAUUGGUAAUAAGUUGGGAUUUAUGAAGAGAUGAGAAAUAAGUAUAAGUAUAUUUCUUGAAUCUCAAGGAUCUGAAACAUGGUGGAGAUAGUCUGUCUGGGAUGCAUUAAUUUUUUUCCCUCUACUGCAUCUUCGGAGACGAUCCCUAUGUCUGAUUUCUCAUCUCAGAUGAACAAACGUCAGACAGAAUGUGUGGUGGCAGAUUGCUGCCUGAACCCCGGGUUGAACAGUCGAACAUUUUCAGGAUCAUUCAUUGCAUACAGAGUUGAUUGUGACAUGUCCAUAAAUUUUGCUUUCCAUUGAUGAUAAACAUGAAAGACUGAGGUAUUUAGUAGAAGAAACACAGCCUUUAGUUUGUGACAAAUAGGUAAUGUAUUCAUUUCAUUUUUCUUCCCUAUUCUUUUUGGUCCCGAAUUCUUUGAAUGCAAACUGAAGAUAUAUGAUGAAGUGAAGGAGUAAUAGGUUGCCGUCCAAAAUGUACAUUCUUGGCACGCAGUAGUUCUGUGUUUCAGUGUUUGACAGGCCUGGAGGAAGGCUUCAUAGGAAUGUAUAAGAAGAAUUAUGUGAGUUUUUUUGGGAACGUGAAUAUCAUCAUUGAUUUUGUUUUCCACAAAAGAGAUGUAAACAUCAUCAUUGAAUUAUGCAAAAAACAUUAUAUGUUUAAUCAUAAUUCAUGAAAGAGGGGUUUCAUACAGAUCUUGUACAGUACUGACCAUGAAUUUGUAUCUUUUUGUGUGAAAAGUUGAUGGAGUGAUUGGUGUUCCCACCAUAUUCAAUGUCAAAAAAAGCUUUGGAUGUAUUUUUUUCCCGCAGUAA